AUGUCGAACGGCCGCGGGUCCGAGCAGACGCCUCUGCUUCCCAGCCUCAACGUCGAAAUCGCCCACGAAGGCGAGAGCGGCCGACAGGGUUUCCACAUCAACCACUUCCUCGCCGUCCUCUGGCGCAGCUCGUGCACCGCUUCGAAGCUCGUCAACGUGCUCUGGCCUGUCGUCCCCGUUGCCCUCAUCCUGCAGUUCUUCCCGGGACUGCACAUCUGGAAGUUUGUCAUUGCGUACAUCGCCGUCAUCCCUUCUGCCAACCUGCUGGGCUUUGCAGGCCAGGAGUUCGCGCGUAAGCUGCCCAAGGUCGCCGGCAUCCUGAUUGAGACGACAUUCGGAUCCAUCAUUGAGAUUAUUCUUUUCGUCGUCCUCAUCGUCAAGCACGACGCGAGCGACCCCGAAGACAAUGGCGACGAGGGUAACCUUGUCCCCAUCAUCCAGGCCGCCAUUCUCGGCAGCAUCCUGACGAACCUGCUCCUCUGCCUCGGUCUGUGCUUCUUCUUUGGCGGCCUGCGCGAGGCCACACAGAAGUUCCACAGCAUCGUCUCCGAGGUCGGCAGCGGCCUCCUGCUCGUUGCCGCCUUUGGUCUCCUCAUCCCGAGCGCCUUCUACUCGGCCCUCAAGUCUGAGGUCGUCCCGCUGCUGCCGGGCCUGCCAGGUCCUCACGAGCCCUUCACCGAGCGAAAGCUCGAGGACGACGUGCUGAGCAUCAGUCAGGCCACCUCCAUCGCCCUCAUUGUUGCCUUUUUCCUGUACAUCUGGUACCAGGCCAGCAGCCAGCACAGCAUCUUCGACGAGGUCAUCGAGGCUGACGAGCACCGGGAUGCGGAUCGCGAAGCCGAUGCCGAGAAGCCCAAGUUCACCAUGACCGAGGCCCUCAUCGCCAUUACCAUUGCCCUUGUGUUCGUGACGCUACUCCUCAUCUUCCUCGUCGAGGAGAUUGAGCACGUCGUGGAGGCUGGCGUGCCCGACCAGUUCUUGGGUCUGAUCCUGUUGCCUCUGGUCGAGAAGGCCGCUGAGCAUCUGACGGCGAUUGACGAGGCCUGGGACGGCGCCAUCAACGUGGCUCUCUACCACUGCCUCGGCCCCUCGAUUCAGACUGCCCUGUUCAACGGCCCGCUUGUCGUCAUUGUCGGCUGGGCCCUGGGGAAGCCCAUGGACCUCAACUUUGAGAUCUUCAUGAUUGCUCUGCUUGUCCUGUCGAUCCUCGUUGUCGGCAACUUCCUUCGCGACGGCGAGUCUAACUGGCUCGAAGGCGCGCUGCUUGUGAUUGUCUACGUCAUCAUCGCCAUUGCUUGCUGGUACUACCCUAACCCCGACGUCGCGACCUCGAACGGCCUGCAGGCCACGGAGCUGGUUAAUGUGACCAUGAGCGUCGACCAGCUGAAGCAGCUGCAGCAGCUUCUCGCCGCCAAGCUCGAGUAA